AUGGUUCAAGGAAUGUUCCUGCUUCGUCUUUUACGUUUCUCCGAAAAAGUGCAACGAAUAUACAGUCUUUAAAAUAUGCCUCGCGGUGACCACUGUGCUGUUUGGGGCUGUGAUAACGAUCGUAGGUAUCCCGAGAAACAGGUUAUCCUUCCACAUGUUGGGACUUUAAGGUUCUAUUCGCCUUUGUCAAAAGAAGAUCUCACUUCAUGGGGAAAAAAGAUCAUGAGAGAUAAAUUCAAAGUAACAUAUAGCACUAAAGUAUGCAGUAAUCAUUUCAAGGCUGGUUAUAGACAUGGUCAAUGUCGAACUCCGACUCUUWACAUGCGAGGGUACGAGAAAAAAGAUUCGAAACCGGCAAGGCCGCCACCAAAAGUGAGAAUUUCAACUACAAGAAAAAGAAAUCUUGCAAAAGACUGCACUUUAGAUAAGGGCGAGUUGCCACAAACGUGUGAUGAAGUUGAAUUUGAACCCAUGCCUUUAGAAGUACCACCACCUAAAAAAUUAAGUCCAGAGGCUGAAAAAAGAAGGUAUUUUAUUGAACAGGCAASAAUUCCAACGAACUGUUUCCGAUAUACAGGAAUAAGUAGGCCAAAGCUUGAUUUGAUUUUUACAUUUUUACGAGAAAAGGCUAAUUCUAUUAGUUAUUGGAGAGGUUGUAAAGAUACAGUCAAGCCACUUAACAGCACAAAGAGAAAAAAARUCACUAAUGAAAAGAGAAUCCUGUCAAAGUGGGAAGAGUUUAUCCUUACCUUGGUUAGAUUAAGAAAAGGCUUUGAUGUUSACUUSCUGGCUGACACCUUUAGCAUUUCUGCUGGGCAUGUUUCCAGAAUAUUUAAUACAUGGGUUAUUUUUCUCUCCGAAGAACURUCAUUCUUAGUGCCCUGGCCAAGUAAGGCUCAAAUAAAAAAAAGCCUACCAAAAAGAUUCAGGAGUUUUGCGAAUGCCCGAGUUAUAAUAGAUUGUGUUGAAUUGUUUCUCCAAAAGCCAAAAUUGCCAYCCAGUCAAAAAGUCACUUGGAGCAACUACAAACAUUGGAACACUGCUAAAUUGCUUGUUGGUAUUACACCAACAGGUGUUAUUUCAUUUAUCCCACCUCUAUGGGCAGGCAGCAUUAGUGACAAAGAAAUUGUAAGAAACAGUGGACUGAUUGACUUACUAGAAGAAGGAGAUGCAGUGAUGGCAGAUAAAGGGUUUUUGAUACGUGAUUUACUGACAUUCAACAAAGUGCACCUCAUUUCCCCUGCUUAUUGUAGAGGACCAAGAUUAUCUUCGAGAGGGACAACACACACACGCCGAGUCGCCUCUUUGCGUACACAUGUGGAAAGAAACAUACUGUCACUCAAACAUUUUAGAAUUAUUUCAGGUGUCAUUCCUCUGCUUUUGAAACCUAUGCUAGAUAGAAUUGUGUUUUUAUGUGCUGCUUUAUCAAACCUUAGGAAAAGGAGCAUCAAAGAUGAUUAA